CAGGGGAGGCGUGUGCGGCUUCUGCAGCCAGCGGGAGAGGGAAAGGGAUGGAUACUGGUGGAGGAAUUCGGGCUUAACAAGUGAUCACUGCUGUCUAGGAUUUUGCUUCUUUUCCUGGGGAACCCUGACUUCCUUUCCCUGUUUAGCCCUUCUGUGCUGAACUCCAGAGGAGCCAGGAGUCUUGGGGUCUUCCCUGGGGCAGCCCUGAUCCCCACCGCCGGGCUCCAGCAGCGGGGACGGUGUGCCCCGCUGGCCAGGCAACAGAACUUGUUCCGUGGAUAUUUUGGACUUCCAACUGCCACACCGGAGUGAUUCCUUCUCCCCACAAGAUCAUUCUUCCCCUCCUCCAGCUGUUGUAGCUUGAAGAGGGGAAAAAGCCAACCGGGGAUUUUCUUUAUUUUUAUUUUUCACCCCGCCUGGGAGUGGUGAAAUCCUUCUUCUGCAUAAUUUUAGCUGAAGGAUGCUCUGCAUUUCCUUGAUUUCUAUGGAGACCUCAGAGCUGGGCUUGCCCCCGCUGACACCUCAUCUUGCACCUUCUCUACCUCCCAAGGUCUUUGCCUCUAACGCUAGCUUGGCAUUGCCCCUGGGUCGGGGAAGCCUGUGAUGAACUUAAGGGGAGAGCCUGGAGAAUCUCCCUGAAAGGCUUUGAGCGGCAGUGCUCUGGCAUCCUUCAAGUCACAUGCUAACAUGGGUCAAGCCGUCACUAGAAGGCAAGUGCUAAGACUUAAAAGCUCAUUUGCAUUUUAUUUAAAUAUGAUGGACUGAGCUUUGGACAAUUUCCAUGGCAGAAAAAUAUAUUCCAUUUUCUAGGCACAACUGCUGGCUGUCGGAUACUUGCCGCCUUUGAAUCUUGCAGCAUCAUUCUCCAAUCUAGACAUACUUCCAGAUUUGAAAAGCCACCCCAAAACAGGUGUUUGGGAGACCCCACCAUUUUCUGACUGAGGCUUGAAAGUGCCAGGCGCUUUCUCUAGAAGAGCCACGCUCUGGAGAGCAACGUUGAAUCCCUGGGAAGAGAGAGCAUGGGGCGUGCUGAUUUAAAAACAGAAAAUGCAAAGUUGGACUGAAAAUAUCCUUAGUCUUCCAAGCAAUCUGCUUAAGGGUUCCAAACUUACCUUAAUUUGGUGAGACAAGAAGCUGCCCUAUUUUUCUUUCUUCUUCUUCUCCUGCGACUGGAAGCAGCCAUUUCCCCCAAACCGCCACCAUGGAGGUUGCAAUGGUGAGUGCGGAGAGCUCAGGGUGCAACAGUCACAUGCCUUACGGUUACGCAGCCCAGGCCCGGGCCCGGGAGCGCGAGCGGCUGGCUCACUCCAGGGCGGCCGCGGCAGCUGCUGUCGCUGCGGCUACAGCUGCGGUGGAAGGCGGCGUGGGGUCUGGAGGGGGCGCCCACCACCACCACCAGCCGCGCGGCGCCUGCACCUCCCAUGACCCUCAGAGCGGCCGGGGCAGCCGGAGGAGGAGGCGACAGCGGCCCGAGAAGAAGAAAGCCCACCACCGCCAGAGCAGCUUUCCUCAUUGCUCGGACCUGAUGCCCAGCGGCUCGGAGGAGAAGAUCCUCAGGGAUCUGAGUGAGGAGGAGGAAGAGGAGGAGGAGGAGGAGGAGGAGGAGGAAGAUGAGGGAAGGUUUUACUACAGCGAGGAGGACCACGGAGACGAGUGUUCCUACACAGACCUGCGGCCCCAGGACGAUGGGGGCGGUGGUGGCUACAGCUCAGUGCGCUACAGUGACUGCUGUGAACGCGUGGUCAUCAACGUGUCCGGCCUGCGCUUUGAGACCCAGAUGAAAACCCUGGCCCAGUUUCCAGAGACCUUGCUGGGGGACCCUGAAAAGAGGACUCAGUAUUUCGACCCUUUGCGUAACGAGUAUUUUUUUGACAGAAACAGGCCCAGCUUUGAUGCCAUCUUGUAUUAUUACCAGUCAGGAGGCCGCCUGAAGAGGCCAGUCAACGUCCCCUUUGACAUCUUCACGGAGGAGGUGAAGUUCUACCAGCUGGGGGAGGAGGCCCUGCUCAAGUUUCGGGAGGAUGAGGGCUUUGUGAGAGAGGAGGAGGACAGGGCCUUGCCAGAGAAUGAAUUUAAAAAGCAGAUCUGGCUGCUCUUUGAGUACCCCGAGAGCUCCAGUCCAGCCAGGGGCAUAGCCAUCGUCUCUGUCCUGGUCAUCCUGAUCUCCAUUGUCAUCUUCUGCCUGGAAACCUUGCCAGAGUUUCGGGACGACAGGGAUCUCAUCAUGGCCCUGGGCGCGGGCGGGCACAGUGGGUUGUUGAAUGACACGUCGGCCCCCCAUCCGGAGAGCUCAGGGCACACGAUCUUCAACGACCCCUUCUUCAUCGUGGAGACGGUCUGUAUUGUGUGGUUUUCCUUCGAGUUUGUGGUCCGCUGCUUUGCUUGUCCCAGCCAAGCGCUCUUCUUCAAAAACAUCAUGAACAUCAUUGACAUCGUCUCCAUUUUGCCUUAUUUCAUCACGCUGGGCACGGAUCUGGCCCAGCAGCAGGGGGGUGGCAAUGGCCAGCAGCAGCAGGCCAUGUCCUUUGCCAUCCUCAGGAUCAUCCGUCUGGUCCGAGUAUUCCGGAUCUUCAAACUCUCCAGGCACUCCAAAGGCCUGCAGAUCCUGGGCCAUACCCUCAGAGCCAGCAUGCGGGAACUGGGCCUUCUGAUCUUCUUCCUCUUCAUUGGGGUCAUCCUCUUUUCCAGCGCUGUGUAUUUCGCGGAGGCGGAUGAACCCACGACCCAUUUCCAAAGCAUCCCUGAUGCGUUUUGGUGGGCCGUGGUGACCAUGACAACUGUGGGCUAUGGGGACAUGAAGCCCAUCACUGUGGGGGGCAAGAUCGUGGGGUCUCUGUGUGCCAUUGCAGGUGUCUUAACCAUUGCUUUGCCAGUGCCAGUGAUUGUCUCUAACUUUAACUAUUUCUACCACAGAGAGACUGAAAAUGAGGAACAGACGCAGCUGACGCAGAAUGCAGUCAGUUGCCCGUACCUCCCUUCUAAUUUGCUGAAGAAAUUUAGGAGCUCUACUUCUUCUUCCCUAGGGGACAAGUCAGAGUAUCUAGAGAUGGAAGAAGGAGUUAAGGAAUCUCUCUGUGCAAAGGAGAAGUGUCAGGGAAAGGGGGAUGACAGUGAGACAGAUAAAAACAACUGUUCUAAUGUGAAGGCUGUGGAGACUGACGUGUGAAUCGGGUUCUCCACCCGCCACUGCCCCCUCCCCCUAGCCCCAGCAUCUCCAAAUAUAUUUAUGCAUAGAGAGUGCAGUUAUGAAAAGAAAUAUGCAAAUGAAUCCAAUGCACACAGUCGUAGGCCAUUUAAUGGUUAUACAUGGCAAAAUUGUUACUAAACUUGUACCACAUAUCAAAUAAAUGAUACAUCUUGGAGAAGAGGGAGGCUUAAAUAGGAGCAAAUCUAUCUUUAUAUUUUUUAAUAGAAUGCAAGAAUUUUGCACAUUAACUGGAAAAGAUGUUAAAAAGAAAGAUGGUUCUGUGGAGAGAAUGUGUGUGUAUGUGUGUGCGUGCUGCGUGCGUGUGUGGAUGUGUAAGUAAAUUGUCAACGUUGUUAGUAAUCGUGCAGUAAUGGGAAAAGUUGGCAUUUUGGAGUAUUUACUAUGUAAGUAAUGAAUUUGAGCAGUCAUUUAUCAGUGCUUUAAUAGCAUCUCCUGUCUUUGGAUACCAUAGCUGUUGUUUUUUAAAACGUGUAAGAAUUACUAUAUGUAGAAAAAAAAAAGAAAGUGAAUUAUUUAAUAGAAUAUAGGUCACAAUUUUAUCUUGGAUUUAAUUAAAGUUUAUUUUUAACUGGAAAUUAACUUUUAAAAAGGCUGCAGGGGCCUUUAGAAAUUGAUUAUAUUUUAUUAUUAAUUUUGGGAGGAUGUGACAGCCAAUGCCUAACAAUAAUGGAAGAAAUGAAAUUGGAGAAAAUGUAACAAGUUUUGUUCGCAGAUAACAGGACUGGAAUUCUCUUUUUUCUUUCUUUUUUUCCCCCUCUUUGCACUCCUUUAUAUGCUGGAGAUUGAGAGAGACUUCAUACUGUGAAUGUUUACUAAUGUAACAGUUCAAUGACAAUCAUUGGAAGAAUGAUUUCUUAGUCUUAUUUUAUUGUUCUCUUCUUUUCUUUGUGUGAGACGAAUGGCCACACAGAUAACAGCACAUGAUUCCCUUCUCUUUUUAAAUCUAAAUAACUAAUCUGCAGAGAGACUAUGAAGUCAGAUUUAGCAGCUGAAUCUUUUGAAAUUGGUCUGUUACAGUGAUGCUUCUGAAAUUUUAAAUAUUCUUCUGCCUUUAAAUCCAGAAUAAUUUAACCAAAGUUAAUGCAUGCACUGAAAGAAUUCUUGAAGAAAUAAGAUGCCCAGCAGCUACAGUGAUCAUGGCUUAAGAGCUUUCUAUUAAAUGUGCAACGUAAAUGCUAGAUUUAUUAAGUUUAUUUAUUUGUGCAGUGAUAUAAGCUCAAAAUGUGGGGAUUCACCUCAGAAUUUAGCAUUCUGUUUGCUAAAAUUGAUGUAAGAAAGAAUUGCAUCAGAACAUUUGGUUUCGACAUCGCCAUCAUUCUCAUUUUUUAUUGGAUUUCUGACACGUAGAACUGCCUUUAACUCACGACAAGUUCUAGACUGUGAGGUAGCUGCUAGUGAUCUGACUUACACUGUUAAGUCAUAAUGAGACACAGGUUAGCAAACUCAGAAUACAUAAGGGGCCUUAUUUUCUAAUAUUUCUUCAACUUCUAUUCUUUAUAAAAUGGUUGUUCUGAGGUUUUGGGGGGAAAAUGCUAGGUAAGGUAUCUCAGCACGUAAUUAACUCUGACAACUGUGAACUAAAAAAAAGCUAGAAUAGCUUUUCUCAAGCUUUUAAUCCCAGCCCAUCAUUUGAUAAUAAUAUAAAUCUUACCUCUCCUUUAAUGAUAUUUAAAAUUCAGUGUUAGGUUUAAAACCAAAGCUACACUAUUCUCUUCACCCCUCUCCUACCACUUUAGAGAAGCAUCUCUCAAGAACACUUUUUGGAGAAUGAAAAACAGCAAGGAGGGGAGAGGGUGGGGGCUGAUUACAUGUGCAGACCAAAGAUCUCUAGUGGACAAUAAAAUGAGUGACAGAACAAGGAAAUGUCAUCCUUCAACAAGAUUCCAAAGGUGGCAUUUUGAUAUAUUUUAGAUUUAGAGCAAAAAAUGUAAGAAACAUUAGACUAGGGGUAACAUUAUUUGAUUUGGGUUGGUCACCAUUCAUUUGGGAAAGUCACUCUGUUCAUCUCUAUACCCCAGUUUCCUCAUUAUUAAAAAGAGGGCACAUAAAGCAUUUGUUACAUCAUAGAAUUAUCAUGGAAAGCAAAAGAGAACGUGAAAACUCUGAGACAUCGAGUUCUGUAUAAAUGCCUGAUGUUAGGUCUAAAUUGCUUAAUCUUCCUUUGGGAGAAAAAGAGAUUAAGAACCCAUGAUUUACAUCCGCUUUAUUAGGAUAUUGUGAAAAUCAUCGGUAUUUCUUUAAUUUUGAGCUCCUUACAAGAGAUUGAUUUGCAGACACACGAUAGCCCAUCAUUGAAUAAUUACUUCAGUUUCCUCUUUUGGAGGAAGAUGCCAGGCAUGUCAUGAUAUAAAAACUUGGCUCUGUGGACAAGAUACCAUGUAUCUUAUGCUAUACCCAACUAGGUCAGAUUAUAUCUUGAAAUAGUUUAAAUGCUCUCCAGCAUUGGAUGUGUAGCAAUAGCAAUGAUUUGGCUGUGUUAGGGAGGGAAAACAUUGCAUUUCAUUGUUUCUACUACGUCUCCUUUUAAAAUCUGGAAUGUUACAUUAAAUUUAAUUGAUAUGUAUUAGACUUGGUAAUUCCGAGAAUCCAGGAAAUAUAGUCAUUUGGGGAUCCUGGGGUUUUUCUCUAUCUUGCAUGGUUUUCUUCAGGGUAAAAGGGUCAAGAUGUGACAGUCAGGGGCUUCCAAACCAAAUAUUACUAGAUUAUCACUAAAUGUUUGUUCAUUUGUUUGUUGGUUUUUUCAUGCAAGUUCCAUUUAUUUCAGGAUGUCCAGAUCUUGAUUCCACACUGAGAAGGAAACGUUUAAGCCCUCAAGACUUGUAUAGGAGCACUUCUGUAUGGCAGGCUUCUCUUAUACAGAUGGUGUGAAGGUUGAUUCCUCAGUACAGCUGUGGGUUUGUAGCAUUUUUCCAAGUCACAGCUGGGCAACGUGCUUUAGUACCAUUUGCGAACAUUUUAUACUGAGAAAUCGCUUCCAAAGGCUGUUUGUAACUGAUUUAGGAAACUGUAUCUUCUUCAAGGCCACCGUACACAUUUAGUUGUAAGAUAAAGGAGAAGUGACCCCAUUUAGAGAUUCGAAUUCUUGGGGUCUGGGAUCCUUUAGUUGCUUUUCAGAUGAUAAUAAAUAUUACUAGAAGAACAGUAUUUGAGGGUAAUUCUAAUCAGUCUUUUCAAGGGCAGGUGCAUUGUUCUCUCUUGCAAGGGCUUGAAAGGGAAACAGUAGUGCAUAACAGUUACGGAAGAGAGGGGAGGGCUAAAUAUUCCUUUGAAUUUCUGCAUAAAGGGAGCUAGCGGGUACUUGAGGUGUGACAGCUGGUCUGGGGGUCCAGCUGACUUGUUGACUAUGAGCACAUCAUUUCAUCUCCUUGAUCCUCAGGUUUUUGUUUUCAAAUGUACAGCUGGGUUAUUGGGCUACAUUAUCCCUUGAUUCCUUCCAGCACCAAAAUUCUGUGGGGUUGAAGGAAACAUUAGAUUCACUUGAUUAUUUUCUAAGUACCCCUUCGGUCAUGCCAGCCUUGAUCUUAUAGUUAAGUAAUAAGAACAGAAUGGUUUUGAACUCUUCCUGUUAGGUUAAAUGUGGAACCAGGAGUUUGAACUUUUAGAAUGUAAACUAAAUUGACUGAAUAAGGUAUACUUUGAAGCCAUUUAUUCUAACGACUUCUAAAGGGAAGGGAUUCGCUUAAUUAAAAAAAAAAAACAACUCAGUCUCCAGUUAAAUACACGUGGUGAAAGUUGGUAAGUAAACAUUUUGAUUUCCUGCUGUUAUUGCACAGUCUUGUCAGUAAACAGUGUCCCGACCUGUGCUGGGGAACUCACUCUAUGCUUAGACCCAUGUAGUAUUUCACAAGUGCUCCUGCUUUCCUUGUCAAAUCUGUUUUAAACAGGAUCGCUGAAGCUUUGUGAAAAAUCUUUUCAUUACGCAUGUGUUGAAAUGGAAUCCAAUAUAUGAAUGAGAAAUAGCUAAGGAAAAUACUCUGAGUUAACAUAUAUAUGUCUAUAUAUUUUCCCAUUUUUUAGAAAAUCAACAUUAACCAGUGGAAAAUUAUUUUUAAUUGCAUUGGACUCAUAAACAGUGGUUCCCUCAUGUCCCUAGAGGGUCAGGAAGGGUGUUCUCCAUUGUUGUUGGUUUUUAGGAUUGUGACCCAUCUUCAGUGCUAACAUUGCAGCUACUUCUAGGUAAAGUAGGAAAUAUGCAUACCUCAGUUUGAUUUACGUUUUUAAGUGAACUUGUGAUGUGCUACUGUGCACUAUGCAGAGUGUAACAUCGCUCUUUGUAGGUUUUUUUUUAUUUAUUUAUUGAUACAGUUUAGAAUGAUUACAGGUUGUCAUUCACUGGCAAAGGGCCCUGUUCCAGGAAAUCUUUCUGACCCAAAAGUCAUUCUGAAUUCUGCAAGGGACACUUGGUGUGAACAAAAGGUACCUCUUGGUUUUCCUGCCUGCAGAGAAACUUGACUCAAAACACAGUCUUCCAGGCCAAUGUAACCACCUCAGGUUAGAAGACAAUCCCAGUUUCUAGUAUGGAAAUCAGUAUUCUUAUUUGAAAGAAAGAUGAUUUAGUGGUUUGUGUUCAAGAUUGAAAGGAACAGACCUGUUUUUGCUGUAAAUGGGAAUAUGUACUUCUGAAAUGUAAAUUAAGAUUAGGACUGUGAUAUGAAUUUUAUUUCUGACUUGGUUUUCUGUUUCCAUAGCAGUCCAAAUUUCUUACAGUAGCUUCUUGUUAAAAAGUACUCUGAUACAUAUCAGACCAUAUGGCCCAAUUUGAGGUUCAGAAAAUAUGGUUACUUUAUUAAUGGUAAAUAAAUUAAUCCCAGGGUAUGAGUUGAGUGCUUGGAAAAACAGCACAUAUUUAAUGAGCUAUGGCUCUGAGUGAGACCUUAGCGUAUCCCCUUUCAGGCCUGUAAGUAAUACUAAGUGGAAUCUAUAUGUAAGGCAAGUAAUGUGCUAAAUAAAGAGUCUUGCUGUCAUCUAGGAAAGGAUAGUUCCAUAUUCACUGGUCAUGGUGCUGCUGACCUGCAGUUAAGUUUUUGAUCCAUUAGUUGUCAUUGGUAUCUUAGAAGGAGAAUUUGUAUCCAGAGGACCAGGAGCUGAACUGAUUUUGAUAGUUGAUCCACAAACAUACAACUUUUGCUUCCUGACCUGCAAAUUGUCUGCACUAUAGGUUUUUCAUAACUAGUUUCUCCUCUGAAGCUGGCUUUACUCAGGCUCAGAUCCAUGGUCUCCCAUUAAACAGCCAGUCCAGGAAAUGCACAAUUAUAAACAAACAAACAAACAAACAAACAAUAGUAAAGAAUCAACAAAUACACUGAAAUUAGAAAGCCAAGCAAAACCUAAUUGAGAAGCCAAGUCUGUUGUUCAAAUCUAUGUGUCACAUCAGAACAAAAUAUGAAGGAUUUCAGGGUAGCCAUUGUUGUGGCUCCUUACUAUUAGCAGAGAUAAUCAAGUAGUGAUUGUUGUGGUGGAUGACAUAAAGCAGAGAUAAGUUACUGAAAGAAUACACACUGUGAACAUUUUCUGUGAGGAUGAUAGAUGUCAACUUAUUUUAGCUGUGGUCUUAGUAGUAAUUAUUAGGGAUAUUUAAUAAACAUGAAGAAUAUGCUGUUUUUUUCCAGUUAUUGGCAUUAUGUGGAAAUGAGGUUAGAUUGUUUUUUUCAUGAUUCUGUAGACUAGGGAUGUCUACAUGAAGCCAGAGAGCAUGAAGGUGUUUUUAUUCACAACUUCUUAAGCUUCUGGCUAUUGAGGGGUCAGUCACCUCUUAAAUCAGUCAAAACAGGUAAAUAAAUAGCCCCAGUAUUGACUAAAGUUGUGCCAGUGCCAAGCCAAAGAAUUACAUUUGUUUUAACAUGAUUAGAUUAAUAUAUAUCCAUAUGUUUACAUAUAUCAUAUAUUUCUUGUUCUGCCUUUAUUCUAGCAAAAGAUUUCUAAGCAAAUGAAUGGUCUGAGGUGCUGAAAGAGAAUUCUGGAAGUGAAGUGAAAGUGUGUAAAUGCCAUGUGUUUUGGGGAAAUGGUGACACUUACGGAUCCAAAAGUCUUUCUUGACGCUCUUGGUUGGGUUUUUGUGCCAUGUAUUAGGGCUAAGAACUGGAAUAUUCCAGGGAAUAAGGAGAUACAUGGAGUUUCAUUCCCAGAAAAUCUUAUUUUUUAUGGAACAUGGCAAAAUGGUUAUUUUAUUUUUCUUGGCCCUUAUUCCCAUUACAUGAAGGAUGAAUUUAGUGUGGAACCUGGACUGUAUGGUCCCAUAGAUCAACUUUGUGCUCUCUAGAAAUAGAUUUACUUAAAGCCAUUAUCUUUCUGCAUUUUUGUUGCAGCUGUUGUCUGAUGUGACUUUCUUAAUUCUCAGAUUCAAUUACAGCAUUAAAAAUCUCAGGUUAUUGUUGUUGUUGUUUUUGGUGACUGUUUCAGUGUCUUUCAGCCUCUGAGGCACUCAUCUACAAAACUGUAAAAUAAUUGAAAAACCCAAUAUCUCUUGGAGCCCAGGGCUAUAUUAUCUGAACUCUUUCAGUGAUAGGGGCCACAUUUGUCAAUGUGGACGAUGCGUGUAAUUCUAUUUAUAAAUUUAACUCAGCCAUACCUGAAUGGAUUGAUGAUUCCCCAGGAGAACACUAAUGGUGUUGAUAGCACCUGAGCGAAUCUUUUUUUCUCCUUCAAUUGGUAGUCAUCAUGAUCCAAAUGAGGCUUUCAUUUGCUAUCAGGCAGGGUGGGAAAUAAUUAAUGAGGCUCCCCCCGGAAUGAAAUCUGUCAAGAGGUGGUAGAAUCUCUAGGGAAGGUAGUAUGAUUUAUAGUCAUUUUGUUUAUUUGACAUUCCUGGUUGCUACCUUACUGGCAUUAGUAUUGGGGGAUGAAUUUUAGUUUUAAGAUGGUUUACCUAAUAUUAACAUGAUUUUUGAUAAGA